AUGUAAGACACAAAAGCACAAGAGGAAGAAAAACGAAUGCGGGAGGAAUAUGAGAAGUCACUCUCUAAAUUUCAUCUAGAACAGGAUAAACCCGCCGAUACUAUCAAAGUUGAAGAGCAUUUAGCAAAAAAAGAGACACCAAGUGCAGUAGAAAAGAAUAAUCAAACUUAGGAGGAUAAAAAGAAGUAAGAAGAAGAUGAGAAGGCAAAAGAAAAAGCUAGAAAGGUAGAAAUUUAAAGAUAGUAGCGUGAAGAGGAAUAUCAAAAGAAAUUGAAAGAGAGAGCUGAUGCAGAUAAGAAGUUUAGAGAGGAAUAGGAUAAGAAAUAAAAGGAAAAAGAAGCUGAGAAAAUGCUUGAAUAGUAGCUGUAAACUACUCCCUAGCAAUUAGAAACACCAUAGUAAACUAAAAAAGAAGAGAUCACAACUGCUUCUCCUAAUAAGCUACCCUAGACUAGCUCUACAGCAUCUAGAUUUUACAACAAUAGUGAAGAGGAUGAAAAAGCUAGAUAAAAGCAACUUAAAAUAGAUUAAUAGCGAUAAUUAAGAGAAGCUGAAUAUCAGAGAAAGCUGUAAGAACGUAAAGAAGCUGAUGAAAAAUUCAGAGUUCAAUAGGAACUUAAGGAGAAGUAAAAAUAACAAGAAUUGAAAGAAUAGGACUAAUAAAAUUCUUCAUAAAAAGAGGAGGAAGAAAAAUAAAGAUUAGCUAAAUAAAAGGAGCAAGAAGAAAAGGAAAGAUUAGAAAGAGAAAAGGAAUAAAAGAGGAGAGAUGAGGAAGAGAGAUUGAAUAAAGAAAAAGCUGAGUAGGAGAGAAUUAGACUUGAAAAGGAAGAAUAGGAGAGGAAAAGAUUACAAGAUGAAAAAGUGAGAAAAGAAAAAGAAGCUGAAGAAUUGAGAUAAAAGUAGGAGAAAGAGAGACUAGAAAAAGAAGAAAAAGAGCGUUAACAUAAACUUGCAGAAGAGAAAAGAAUCAAGGAGGAACAAGAGGCUAAAAAGAGAAAAGAGGAGGAAGAGGAAGUAUUAAGAAAGAAAAAGCUAUAGGAACAAGAGGAAGAAGCAAAACGUAAGCAAGAUGAAAAAUUGAAAAGACAAUAGGAGGAAAGAAAGAGAAGGGAGGAAGAAGAAAGAUAAAGAUUAAUUGAUGAUUAAAUUAGAAUGAAGAAAUCUUAAGAAGAAGAGGAAUAGAAGAAAUAAAGAGCUGAGUAGAGCAGGAAAUAAAAAGAAGAGCAAGAAUUAAAGAGAUAGUAGGAAGAAGAGUAGAAAAAGAAAGAAAAAGAAGAGGAGCAGUUAAGAUUAAAACAAGAAGCUAGACGUUAAAAAGAAGAAAACGAGAGACUUAGAUAAAUUGAAGAAGAAUAAAAGAGAUAGUAAAUGCAAGAAGAUGAAUAAAAGCAUGAUGAGGCAAGGCUAGAGUAGAAAUAAAAAGACUAGGAGAGGUAGGCAUAACAAUAAGAAGAGGAAGAUAAGAAUGAUAAUGAUGAUGAUAGUGAUGACGAAUAAAGAGCCAGCACUGCUAGUAAUAGUUAAUAGCAAGACCCUAAUGUUAAAAGCCCAUCUGCUUCAAGUAAAAUGUCAAAAGCAAUGAGAAAGAAGGCCAAAAAAGCUGCGAAAGGAUCAGGCUGGAAAAUAUGA